AGUAAAGUUAAAUAAGCUAUUUUAUACAAUUGUUAUUUUCUGGAUAACUGCAAAAUUUCUCAACUGCUGACCUCCGGCGCCGCAGAUAUCGCCGGUGCGUAUUGUUCUUCGUCGACGAAGGAUUAUGUGCCUCAUGGCGUAGCUGGUGAAAAGAUCACUCAUCGAUGGAAACAAGCUUCCGACGGAUUUUUCAUCAUCUGCGUCAGAUCAGAGAUCUCUGUAGCAGUAAUUAAAAAGUAGCAUCGUCGAUAAUUGUUGAGCCAUCGCGUUAUGAUCUCUGAAAUUUCCUAUUCUAGCUGCUGGUCGGGGAGGGGUUUGGUACGCUCGCGUCGAUAACUAGCUUACCGAAUCGUCAUUGACGACAAGCGAAUGAGGAUUGGAGCUCUGCUCUAACCAUUGCCAGACGUCCAUGGACAAACCUUCCAAGCAUCAGGUAUCAUUGAGGGGAGCGAGUGCAAAAGAAAUUACAAGGGAUGCUCUUGUUCUGAAGGUUAUCCAGGAGAGAGAGCUACGUCAACAUGCAAGAAAAGCUGCAGCUGCGGCUCUCUUUAUUCAGAGAGUUUGGAGGCGCUACAGAGUGACUAAGAUAGCUGCCUUGCAGCUUCAAGAAGGAUGGGAAGAUUUGGUGAAUAAUCAUUCUGGCGCAUCGGCUAGCACAUUUAUUUCAUAUGAUAUUGUGAGACCAUUUCUCUUCUUUAUCUCAUCUUUUCUGAAACGACCUCGAAGUAUCCAGACCAGAGAUAUAAACUGUAUGAAGAAUUGCUUCAAAAUAUUGUUUGAAAGCAUCAAUUCUACUGAAUCAAAGAACAACUUUUGCUCCUUGGCUAUGGGUACAUCUGAAGAAAGAAGAAUAUGGACUUACCAAUCAAGGAAGCUCAUUUCUUUAUGCUUAUUUAUUCUUGUGCAUUUUGACAAGUUGCAUGCGAAGGAGCAAGAAAUUGUUGUUAUGACCUCCUUAGCCAUGCGCCUGAUAGUCGUCUUAACUGAUCAUAAUGGGUGGAAGAGUGUAAAUGAGAAUAAUCGUUUUGAUGCUGAUGCAGCAUCGAAGGAUUUAGUUCAUUAUCUGGGAACUUCUGAAAGUGGUCUUUACCAAUCAGUCAGAAAAUACAUGUGUAAAUUGGAUGUUCUCCAGUCCUCACAGACCACCAGUACUGUCCGCACAGAUGAUUUACUUGUUAUUACCGUGAGUGCAAUAACUUUAGCUUUACGACCAUUUCGUUUAAUAAAUUUUGAUAUGAGCGACACUACUUCGUGGGAAGGGCAUCAUGUUGCUGAACAAUACUGUUUGUAUAUACUUACAAUUCCUCGGCUUGUUCAAAAUCUGCCGCCUGUUCUCAUACCAGCUGUAAAGCAUAGAUCUAUCUUGCUACCUUGCUUCCGGACUCUAUUGGCCAUGAAAGACACAAUUUUAUUGGGAAUGUUUGACCUGGAUCAGCCAUCAGUUGAUUAUGGCUCUAAGGUUGUUCCGGAAGUUGGGUGGGCUCUUACAAAUAUUAUAUGUCUGGUAGCAGGGAGUGAAACCAACGUCAGGGAUUCUGGUUGGUUUGGGCAGAGUUUAGACUAUGUGUUAUAUGUUCGUGUGGUUGUCACUUUGGCAGAAAACUUUUUGGCCUUGAUUGGGGAUGUUGGAUGCAGUAAAAAGAAGAACCAAGAUAUCCAAAGCGAUUAUGUAACUUCUUGUGAGCCCUCAGAUGCAGCUGUGCUAAAAAAUGUAAUGGCAUCUAUGCCCUUAUGCAUGUCGUUCAUAGAUAUGUUUAGGCCUAUUUGUGAACAGAGGCAUCUCACAGAUCUUUUGACAAAAGUAAAUGCAGAUGUUAAUUCUGAAAAUAGAACUGCACGAUCAAAUAAUAUGGAAUGUAUGAAAAGUUUGGAACUGCUUGAUAUAUCAUACUUUUACAUGUACAUGCUCAGAAUAUUCUCACUGUUGAAUCCGUUGGUGGGAUCCUUACCUGUUCUUAACAUGCUAUCAUUUACUCCUGGAUUUCUUGUCGAUCUAUGGGGAGUGUUAGAAAGUUCCCUUUUCCCCAGUGAUACAAGUGAAGUUGAAGGUCACUUUCCUGGAUCAAGUAAAAUAUGUAGUAAAAAGAAAGAUGAAGUUUUUGGCAAAAAGCAAAAGCAAGUCAGUAAGGAUGGAGGUAGUAGGUGGGUAAAUGUCUUUCAUAAGUUCACAAGCAAGCCACAAGCAGGUGUUGAUGAUAUGGACUUAAUUGAAUUUCAAUCUAGUUCUAGAUGGGGGGAUGACGACUUGUGCGAUUUAUGGGACAUAAAAUCUCUGAGUUGUGGUCCACAAGGUAUUUCAAAAGAUUUGUCAUGUCUGCUCUAUCUUUUCAGUGCCACUUAUGCUCAUCUGCUGUUAGUUCUAGAUGACAUAGAGUUCUAUGAAAAACAGGUUCCAUUCAGGCUGGAGCAGCAAAGGAAGAUUGCAUCAGUGCUUAACACAUUCGUGUAUAAUGGCCUGUCACAUGGUACUGGUCAGCAGAACACAUCCCUCAUGGAAUCUGCAAUUAGGUGCCUGCAUCUGAUGUAUGAGAGGGAUUGCAGGCAUCAAUUCUGUCCUCCUAUUCUAUGGCUUUCACCAGCUAGAACAAGUAGACCACCUGUUGCAGUUGCUGCAAGAACUCACGAAGCUUUAUCAGAUAAUUUAAGGGCAGAUGACACUUUAACAGUUCCAACUGUAGGAUCGAUUAUUACUACCACACCACAUGUAUUCCCAUUUGAGGAAAGAGUUGAAAUGUUCAGAGAGUUUGUCAAGAUGGACAAAGUCUCCCGAAAAAUGGCUGUAGAAGUUGGUGGACCUGCAUCACGGUCAUUCGAAAUUGUAGUCCGUCGUAGCCAUGUUGUUGAAGAUGGAUUCAGACAAUUAAAUUCCCUUGGGCCAAGGCUGAAAUCAGCUAUCCACGUUUCAUUUGUUAGUGAAUGUGGCCUCCCUGAGGCUGGCCAAGACUGUGGUGGAUUAUCCAAAGAGUUUUUGACUGAUAUAGCUAAAGCAGCAUUUUCGCCAGAAUAUGGACUGUUCUCUCAAACCUCUACUCCAGACAGACUUCUCAUCCCCAAUGCAUCUGCAAGAUAUCUUGACAAUGGUAUCCAGAUGAUUGAAUUUCUUGGUAGAGUUGUUGGAAAGGCUCUCUAUGAAGGAAUAUUGCUUGAUUACUCCUUUUCACAUGUUUUUGUCCAUAAGCUCUUAGGCCGGUAUAGCUUCCUUGAUGAGCUAUCAACACUUGAUCCAGAGCUCUACAGGAAUCUCAUGUAUGUCAAGUCCUAUGAUGGUGACGUCAAAGAACUCUCGCUGGAUUUCACUGUUACUGAAGAAUCAUUUGGCAAACGACACAUUAUCGAGCUUAAACAUCGUGGCAAGGAUGUUUCUGUUACAAAUGAGAAUAAGAUGCAGUAUGUUCACGCAAUUGCUGAUUAUAAACUUAAUCGACAGAUGCUACCUUUUUCAAAUGCGUUCUAUAGGGGUUUAACAGAUCUUAUAUCACCGUCUUGGUUGAAGUUAUUUAAUGCAAGUGAAUUCAAUCAGUUGCUUUCAGGUGGAAACCAUGACAUUGACGUUGAUGAUUUGAGGAGUAAUACACGAUAUACAGGUGGUUACACAGAGGGCAGCCGAACUAUUAAUAUUUUCUGGGAGGUUGUUAAAGGAUUUGAACCAAAAGAUCGUUGUUCGCUUCUUAAAUUUGUCACCAGUUGUUCUCGAGCUCCAUUACUUGGGUUCAAAUAUCUGCAGCCGGCUUUUACCAUUCAUAAGGUUUCAUGUGAUGUACCGAUAUGGGCUUCCAUAGGAGGUCAGGAUGUCGAGCGGCUUCCAACAGCUUCCACUUGCUACAAUACUCUCAAGCUCCCUACGUACAAACGUUCGAGCACUUUGAGAUUGAAGCUUCUCUAUGCGAUCAAUUCCAACUCAGGAUUUGAACUUUCUUAAAGUAUCUGGUGUGAGAGUCUGUUAAUCAUUACUGCUGAUUCCUCACGUCGAUAUAUGCUGGCUYGCAACUGGUUAGUCCAUAGCUACCUCUAGUUAUCGGUCAGUGCUCAAUACGUGGGCGAUAAUCGCUCUUAUUUACAAGUCUGUAAGCAGUGCACAUCCAAGGCGGCAGGCUUGUUCUUUGAACUCAUUCAUCUCAGGCCAUGCCCCAGUUUCACCCUGUUGGAAGGAAAAGUCUGAUAGAAUUCGAAGAUAAUUUUKAUGAAACUGUGAAUUCCUAAAUUAUUGUGAUUUCUGGUCUACGUUUGGUUUUAUUUUUGUUUUUUCUAAAGUGUGUCUCCAUUUGAGCCAUUCUAGUAUCUUGACAGCUUUUGUUGAAGCAAACCUAUGGGGUCAGAUUCCAUCUCAAACUUMAGGUGAUUUCAGUUUUUUUUUAAUUGCUUCUUUUUUCUUAGCGUGUUUGGGAGUUAUUUUUGUAUAGCUAUGUCACUUUCUAAAAUCACUUCUAUAUCAUUAUAAAACAUCAAGACAUGUUUGAAAGUGAUUUUGGUAUGACUAAAAUUGCUUGAGYUGGGAUAGUUCAUAAUGUUUUGGAUAUCGGCCAGAUUCUGAAUAAAACCCUCCUCCAUCAGGCCGAGGUAACCUAGAAGGAUCA